CAUUACUGGAAAGGCAGAUGUUUAGAAUCUCCUCAUGGUGAACUCUUGCUCUCUUCUGUCUACCACAUAGCUUCUGCAAUUGAACGGGUCUGAAUUCAGUCAUGGAAUAAAUGAAAUAAUGUAUAUGAAACAUCUGCUGAAUUGCUUAGGGCAGAGUAAUGACUCAACAAAUCAGUGGUUCUCAACAAAAUCCUUCCUUAAUGAAUCUUUUAAGAAAAAGGCCCACUUCCUUCAAAAACUCUAGUUUGGCAGUUUGGGGUGGGGUGGGGGAAAUGGCUACGUUUCUUUGUGUCAUUAAGCUGCAGAGAGGAUUGUGAUCAUGCAGCCAGCUGGGAUGGAAAACAGUACAUAUUAGUCCCUUUUUCUUCUUUAAGAGAGCAGCACUUGAUCCACUCCAGUGUUUACAGUGAGAGAAUAGGUUCCUGGAUUCGGUAUCAAAGGUACUGGGAAAACUAGUGGAAUUCUUUUUUACCAUUACUGUGGUAAGCUGUUUUCAUCUGUGAACAGAUGUGUGCUGUGAUGUGUCCACGUUCUCCUGUGUGAUCAGGAGAUUACACCUGGCUAGCUCAGUCAAUAGAGCAUGUGACUCUUAAGGUUGGGAUCGUGAGUUCAAGCCCCACAUGAGAGGUGGAACCUACUUAAAAAAAUAAAAAGUUAAACUAGCCUGAACUAUUGAUUUUCUUGCUAGAGUGAAUUCUGGGUCUGUUGUAGGACUUGUUGCUUUCCCAAGUGUAAAAAGAACUGGGUUUCAGAAGGGGCUUGUUGAAACACUAGGAAAACACCAGUUAAAUAUAAUCUUUGUACUUUAGACUUGUGUUCUUAUCACACUGUAGUGUGAUAGGAGGCAGCAGUUUCAAAAAGUAUUUCACUUCUUUUGUAUCUCUGGAACAGACAAGUUCAUGUCGUUGGGGUAGGAGUAGUGUAGGGCCAAGUUCAUUGUUGAACUCAGACUGAGGCUUUUGAAGCUUUGCUUUUUUCCACAUACAGUAAAACUGAAGGGGAAAAGAGAAUGAAUACACAAUACAGAAAAUGAGAGUGGGAUGGUAAGGAAACUUAGAAUCAAAGUAUUUUGCUUAACUAUGCAAAUAAAUCUUUGCUCUUGGCUCAAAACAUUGGUUUUUGUAGGAUUUAAAGGGAUUAAGGUUAAUUUUUUUCGUGGAGUAUGAGCCUUGAUUCUUUGAACAAAGUCUAGUCUCGGGGAGGACUGGCAGUAAGUGGACUUCUGUGACUCAGUGGGGAUAUGAUAAAGUGCUUUGUCAUUUGCAGAUAGUCUUAGGGUCAAAUUCUGAUGACUUACCACACUUGAAGCUUGGGAAGAGGAGGCAUGGCCUGAUAGAAUGAGCACAUUAUUCUUGGAAACCUAGUUAGAGUUUGGCAAACACCCAGAAAUUCGUACAUGAAGUUUUGCUUCUACAUAGGACUCAAGCCUUGGAAGAAAGGAGACUUGAUACCAUCCUGCUGUCACCAUCAAAUACCACACAUCAACUAAUCUUACAGGAUUAGCAUAAAAUAGUUUCCCCGCCCCGGCGCGGGGCUCGCGCUUGUGGCCUCGCGGCUCCCCCAGCCCAGCUCCCCCGCCUUCGGAGCCCAGCGCCGCCGCCAUGUCUUCCGGGGCCAGCAUGAACGCCCUGCAGCGUCUGGUGGAGCCGCUCAAGCUGGAGGCCGGCGAGGAGAGGAUCAAGGUCUCGCAGGCAGCUGCAGAGCUUCAACAGUACUGCAUGCAGAAUGCCUGCAAGGAUGCCUUGCUGGUAGGUGUUCCAGCUGGAAGCAACCCCUUCCGGGAGCCCAGAUCCUGUGCUUUAUUCUAAAGGCUGUAAGGAAGAAGUUCACUGAGGAAUGC